AUGAAUGUGACAGGCAUGACUAUAGUCUUGGCUGUGAUACUAUGUGCUACAACUGUUCAAGGCUUUCCCAUGUUCAGAGGAGGACGCUGUCUCUGCUUAGGCCCUGGAGUAAGAGCAGUGAAAGUGGCAUCUAUUAAGGAAGCCACCAUACUUUACCCAAGCAACAGCUGUGACAAGACAGAAGUGAUCAUCACCCUGAAAUUUGGUAAAGGUAAAAGAUGCCUAAAUCCAACAUCAAAACUAGCAAAAGAGAUAAUCAAGAGAGCUCAAAAGAAUCAAACUUUUAAAAUAUCAAAACGCAAGUCAUCCUAGAAAUGAGGAUUUGAAAAGCUAGAACAAAUUUAACUAUGAAGAGCAAAAUGCUAGGAAUUCAGCUAUAGGAAUCUGACUUUCUCCUGCCUGGUGCAAUGUACAUUCAUGCAUUCCUACCUUGUGAACCUUCCAGAGAUUUGAUGCUUAUAACUAUUCUGUUGUGCUGA